AUGUUUAAUGAUGCAGCAAAAACAAGAAGAGUUACAUUUGAUUAUUAAUAUUAGGACCCUAUAUCUGUUAACGAAAUAUGGAUGGCAGUAUAGCUACAUUAUAAAAUUAAUAAUAAUCAUGAUUGGAUAGAAAAUCCUAAACCUUAUAGAAAUUAUUGGGUUAUUCUUUUAGAAAAAGCAGGAGAAAACCUUCCUAAAAAGCACGAUCUGCCUAAAAUUAAAAUUUAACCUGUUUUCGACUUAUAUCAAAAACGAAAAUAAAUAUAAACUUUUUAUCCAUAAACUUCCGUUUAUAAUUCUACUGUAAAAUAAAAUAAAAAAUUAAUAUAUAUAUUUAUUUUUUAAAGCUCAAAAUAAGUGACUAAUUAAAAUGUUCAUAUAUAAGUUAAUGUAAACCAGAAGCAGGAUUAACAAUCCAUAAUACAAAUUAUAUAACAGAAUCAGCAAAAAUGA